AUGGCUUUGGGCACCAGGAACGUAACUGCCCCAUUUUCAUACGACAAGAUUGUGUGUCCCCAGUUCUCUGCAUCAGACAUUGCCAAUUUCUGCCAACCGCUGCACGACAAGGCGGCGAAGCUCGACGAACAAGACAAGAAAAACCGCCUCCUACGACUUGUGCAGCUGAUAGAUUUGACCAGUCUUGGCGGUGAUGACACCCCGGCAAAAAUUCGCGAUCUCGUCGACAAAGCGGUCAAUCCAUUGCCAGCCGAUGUUGCAGCUAAACUCGAGACUAAAGACGUGCACUGCGCAGCGGUCUGUUUGUAUCCUGCCCGUGUCUGCGAUGCCGUGUCGUACAUCAAGGAAAAAUAUGCGGAUCACGUCGGACACCUUCAUAUUUCAUCAGUUGCCGGUGGAUUCCCUUCGGGACAAUACAAACUGGUCACCAGACUGCAGGAAGCGACUCUGGCUAUUGCCGAUGGCGCAGACGAACUUGACGUUGUCAUCAACCGCGCUGCUGCAUUGCAAGGAGACUGGGAGACGGUCUACAACGAACUGUCGCAAAUGCGAGCUGUUUGUUCAGAAACGGUGCAUUUGAAAACUAUUUUGGCGACAGGUGAACUGAAGAACGUUGAAAACAUCUACAAAGCUAGCAUGUCAGCGAUGCUUGCAGGUGCUGAUUUCAUCAAAACAUCGACCGGAAAGGAAGUCAUCAACGCGACCCUUCAGUCUGCUUGGGUGAUGUGCAGCGCCAUAAAAGACUUUCACAAAUCGACUGGAAUUCAAGUUGGUUUCAAGCCCGCGGGUGGUAUUCGUUCUGUCGAUGAAGCAUUGUCAUAUAUGCUUCUCGUCGAGGAACUGCUGGGAAAAGAAUGGAUUUGUCCUGAACUGUUCAGAAUAGGAGCCAGUAGUCUUUUGAAUAACGUUGUGAAGUUGUUAGCAUAA